UUUUAUUUUUGACUUAUGUAGUUUCGUUGUUAAUUAACAAAUAAAAACAAGUAUUAACUAUAAAUUUACUAUUGAUUAAUAGUGAACUAAAUAAUUAAUUUAAUUAUCUCAUAUCUGCAAUGCUUAAAUUCAUUGGAUUCGUUGAAUACGAAGGUGUUGGGCGUAUAUGGUCUGCAGAUAAACUUAAAAUACUGUGCAAUGUAGAAAAUGAUGAUGGUAUCCAACAAAUUAUGAUGGAUGUAAAUGUUUUAAUUAGCAAUGGGAUCGAUGUUGAAGAAAGUCAACCAGUAAGAAUAUGUACUAAUUCACAAAACAUAGUUCAGGACGAUGAACCUUCUUUUGUCGACAACACUAAAGAUGCAUUUAUAUGGAACAAAAACCUUGUGACUUUGCUCAUUGAGACACGUAUUGAAAUGGACACUUCCUUUCAAGGAAACAAAUUCAAAAAAAAUGUACUAUGGACAAAAGUUGCUGAAAAAUUAAAUACAUCUUUUCCAAACCAUGCACCUGUCAGUGCCGAUAAAUGUGAUUCAAAAUGGAGAAAUCUCUGGGUUACUUACAAAGCUAACGUGAAAAAGUCAAAUUUAUCAGGAAGAGACAGUAUCACUUGGGAAUAUUAUGAUGUUCUUGAUGAACAAUUCGGAAACAAACCAAAUGUACGGCCUCAUCCAAGUACUUUAAUAAGUACACUAAAUUCAUCUUAUGCUUCUAAUGAAGAUGAUCGCCAUUUAGAAUCCCCUGAUCAAACACUAAAUGAAUCUACUGGUCAAUCUGAUAAUAUAAAAAACAAUAAUAUUACCAUUAGAGAGACCAGGCAAGAAAAUUAUAAAAAGAUGAAGACUGGGUAUGGAAUGGCUGAUUAUAUAAAUUUAAAAAAAAAAGAACUAGAAAAUCAAAAUGAAAUUCAAAAAAAACUAUUGCUUCUGAAAGAAAGAGAGGUAGAUGCAUUGUGCUUAAUGUCUCAAGCUCUCAAAACUAUGGCUGAUAAAGCAAGCAACAUAUGAUUUUCUUAGUUUGAACAAUUACCCAAUCAGUUAUAUUAUGUAUUUUAUUUUUAUUUAGUUUUUAAUAAAUCUAAGUCUGAUUUAUAAAGUUGUAAACUAUCUAAUAUUAUUAUGUUGAUUCAUACAAAUGUCAAUUAUGUUUUUUAAUACUCAUAAUUUUAGAAAUGUUAUUAAUUACCAUAUCAGUUAUAUUAUGUAUUUUAUUUUUAUUUAGUUUUUAAUAAAUCUAAGUCUGAUUUAUAAAGUUGUAAACUAUCUAAUAUUAUUAUGUUGAUUCAUACAAAUGUCAAUUAUGUUUU